GUAUUCCGCAAAGACCAAAAAUGUUGAAGACGGCUGGCAGCGCUCUUUUCUCUUCCGCGCAGGCGGCUGCGUCGAUGACUAGGGGCUUUGCUUCCAAGUCAUUCGAGGCAACCCUCUUCCCUGGCGACGGCAUUGGUCCGGAGAUUGCGGCGUCUGUGCGUGAGAUCUUUGCUGCUGCUCGCAUCCCCGUCGUCUGGGAUGAGCAGCACAUCGGCAAGACUCCCGACCCCCGGACGAACUCGAUGGUCACGCGGGAGAACCUGGACUCUGUGCUGAAGCACAAGAUUGGACUUAAGGGUCCGAUGGCGACGCCAAUCGGCAAGGGCUUCCGGUCGCUGAACCUUACGCUCCGCAAGGAGCUGGACCUUUACGCCAAUGUGCGUCCUUGCUUCAACAUUCCGGGCUACAAGACCCGCUACGACGGCAUUAACCUGGUCACCGUCCGUGAGAACACUGAGGGCGAGUACUCGGGUCUGGAGCACGAGGUGGUGCCCGGCGUCGUCGAGUCGCUGAAGAUCAUCACCCGCAAGGCCAGCUCGCGCAUUGCCGAGUUUGCGUUUGCGUACGCACGCGAGAACGGCCGCAGCAAGGUGACGGCGGUGCACAAGGCCAACAUUAUGAAGAAGGCUGACGGCCUGUUCCUGGAGUGCUGCCGCGAGGUGUCGGCCAAGUACGGCGACAUCACGUACGAGGAGGUCAUUGUGGACAACGCCUGCAUGCAGCUCGUCAGCAACCCGCUGCAGUUCGACGUGCUGGUGAUGCCCAACCUGUACGGCGACAUCAUCUCGGACCUGUGCGCCGGCCUGGUGGGCGGCCUGGGCGUCACCCCCUCCAUGAACAUCGGCACGAACGGCCUGGCCCUGGCUGAGGCGGUGCACGGCACUGCGCCGGACAUUGCGGGCAAGAACAAGGCCAACCCCACUGCGCUGCUGCUGUCCAGCGCCAUGAUGCUGAGGCACCUGGGGCGGCGGCAGGAGGGAGACAACAUCCAGAACGCAGUGCUGGGCGUCAUCGCGGAGGGCAAGUACCGCACCGCGGACCUGGGCGGCAACGCCACCACCUCCGACUUCACCAAGGCCGUCAUCGACAAGCUGGAGUAAACGCAACCAGGCCAGGGGAUGGAUGGAUGGAUGGAUGGAUUGAUGGAUGGGGCGCUCGCAGCAGCAGCAGCAGCUGAGGCUUGGCUCGGACCUACCCAGAUGCGGUUCAGGACGCAGCUGGUGCCGGUGGCUGAGGGCCUGGCGCUGAAGUGGUGUGCGCGGAGUGGCGCAACGCGUCAGAGGGGCGGUGGCCGCGGGUCCGUAUGGCGGCGUGUCGCCUGGCGACUGCCCGGCGGCCGCCUCCAGCGCCUGGUCGCGGGCGAGCGCUCUUGCAAUGGAGCAGUUGGCGACUCAGGCCUGACUGGACUGGACCUGGAGAAGAGCGUAGGGCUGACAUAUCUUAACAUGGGGAGGCGUGUGCGGCGAGUGACGCGUCGCAUGCGCCGUGUGGGGUGGGUGCAUGAAGGGGCGCCGGGCUUGCGGGCUUGAGACCAACCUAGACGGACGGUGUGGUCCAGGACUCAAAUGACGACACUCGAGGGGGGAGACCGGCUGUGCUGAGUGGCCGCAGCUCCACCACCGCGUGCGAGGGCUGUCCGUUGCACGGCCCGACAGGCGGUCGGCUUGGCAACUUUGGGGGGGGGGCAGGUGCGUCGUAUGCGGGUUUGGACUCUGUGUGGAGGGCUGGCGAGGAGGCCCGUGGCCCAUCUGACACGUGUGUGUGUUGGGGCCUCGGCACUGCGGAGGCGACCAGUAACAGGUCAGCCGCCCUUUCCAUGACGUAAGGCAUGAUGGGGGUCGAUGUGCGCGGUAGCGUGCGGCGAGUAGGGACGUGAAGAAUGGUGAGUGGGUAGAGGAGGCAGUGCGGAGUGAACGCGGACGAAGGGCGCGCACAGUCCUGUAAAUUCUGUAGUUCCUGCGGGCCUGGCAGGCUUAUUCGCCCCGUACGGGCAGGGGAGAAGCCAUCGAGUCUCCGGAAUGCACGAUGGUGAGCUCUGAGCAGCUUUGGCCUCCGCCUCCGGUGCUGUGCACAAUCCGUAAUGACGUGGCACUCC